AUGAAAAGACAAAAAGAAGGUGAUGACACAUGUGAACAAGAACAUCGUGUGGUCAACGUACGAAACCAAUACUUCAACAGCGCUGUUCAAGGAUCAGACCAAAAACAACAAUAUCGAAAUAGUACAACAUCUCCUUCUAAACCAAAUCAAACGAAUGCAGGCACACCCAAAGCAACAUUUCCACCUUUUCGUAUAAACUUUAUCAGUGAUAGCUGUCCGUCGGAAUUAUCAAUCAUUAAAGAUAUGAACAAGCUCUUCCGCAUGGAUCGUUCAUACGGUCGGUAUUUAUCAAAUGGAAACAAAAAAUGUUUUCUUCUAUAUGCUGGCACCACUGAACAAUUUGAUCGACUGAUGGACAAAACGACGUGGCCAAUCCAGAUAUAUUCGUGCGACUAUGAAAUCUUCCUUCCAAUGAAAAUGCCAAUGGCAUAUUCAGUUGUAGCUGUGAAUGUAGGUCAAUUUGAAUCAGAUAUUGAAAAACAAUAUCCUACAAUUAUCGAAGUCGAACGUUUGUAUGUCAAGAGAGGAAUUCCAAUUUCAAAAGUUACAAUUGAUUUCGCUUCGAAUCAGGAAGUUAGCAAAAUCAUUCAAACCAAACGACUAUUACUUGAUGAUGAAAAUACAUCUUUUAUGAUACAGCCGUAUUCUCCACCAACAAAAAUUCUUCGAUGUUUCAACUGCCAACAAUACAACGACCACAUUGCAGCAAAUCGUCCACAUAAGGAUGAACCGAAGUGUUUUCGAUGUGCAAAUUGUGGACAAAACCAUAUGGCUGGAAGCCCUAAUUUCUUGCAAGUGAAACCAACUGAAACCCAAAAUCCAUGGUUUAACGAUGUGAAUGAACAACACAUUCAAGCGCCAACAUACACCGCAAGUCAAUUCGAAGGGACAUCUGCACAUCGUGCUCUAUUGUCAGAUAUGAAUUCGAAGUUGAACCAAAUUAUAACUGGUAUUGAAAAACUGUCACAGGAAAAAGCUAAAUCAAAUUCAAACAUUGCAAAUGCUUUCGCACAGAUAAAAGCGUGUCAAAAUGAUAUUGAUACAAUCAAGGUUUUUACUUUAAACAUGAUCUCCCCAUUUCUCAUUAAUUUAGGUGAUGCUGUAUCAGAAUUAGGAGAAAAGGAACAAAAGGAAAAAUUUCACCCCAAACUUCAACAAUUCAAACAAUAUCUAAAUCGGUACAAGAACGAAAUCUUCGACCUUGUCGAUUCCACCUCUCCACCAAUUAUUACUUUAAAUGGAACACAUCAUGACGAUGUUCCAGUUAAACUAUUUUCGAAACACUUUUUCAAUUAUGAUGUUCCUUCCAUCAGUGGCACAAAUCCAUUCGGUGGUGUACUAAUUGCGAUACACAAAUCGAUUUAUUCUCAACGUAUAGCCGAAUUUAAUAGUAUUCCAAAUCUAAUAGCAUAG